AUGGCAUCUUUCGUUAAAUGGAUCUGCCUCGCCGCCUCGGUGUCGGUGGCGACUGGUUUUGACUUCGGCUCGCUUGACCCCAAGGCGAUGAUUGACAAAAUUCGGGAAACCCUCGAAAUGGCUGUCGGAAUGCUUUGGAUCACGGGAGCUUCGAUGAAGUGCAGCAAGACUCUCAAGCGCCUCGUGAAGGACGUUUUCGCCGGCGAAAUGUGGGCUCUCUAUGUAAUCGACGCGAUGGCGAAGCCCGAACCUGGGAUCCUCGAAGGCGGCUUCAACAGCAUCGGCUCGCAGUCCGAAUGCCUGAAAGCCUGGGCGCGGUUGAACAUCACGGGCCGCGACCGAAACCAGAGCGUGUGGCGCGUCGAUCACGUGCAGGGUCACUACUGUCAAGUCCGGUACAGAAUUGACCUGAAAAACAUUCUCGAAGCAACCAAGUCCUCGAACGCUUCACAGACCUUGCUCAGGAUGGUCGACGGAAUGCUCGGUGACGACAGCUAUCUCUUAGGAGAAAUAGAGAAGGUCGUCGAAGACUUCCCCGGAUAUUUCGGACUUUGCAUGCCAUCGACUUGUACCAGGCAAGAUGUGCAGUCCAUUUUCACCUUCAUCCGGCCAAUUUUGAAGGGUUUCACGAACGUUGACUUCUCGGCAAACGUCACAUCGUGCAAAACGAAGGACCAAGUGGAGACGAUGCGUUGGGAUCCACCGUUCCUGGCGGCCGUGAUCGUCUUGGGCAUCAUCUUGACCCUGGUGUUCUUUGGAACGCUGGUGUCUCUCUUCGACAACCUUCAAAUGGCGCCGCCACGAGUCCCCAGUAAGCGAACUCAGAACACCACACCCGGCGACUUUCUGCGAUGCUUCUCCGUCAUCAGCAGCGUUCGGCAUCUAUUCAGCUUCGCCAGCAGCCGCAACACGGAAGAACUGAGAUGUGUUCACGGUCUCCGAGCACUCAGCGUCAUCUGGCUCAUAUUUGGAAACAUCCUUUUACUUCACUCUAUGAUGCUUACCAAGAACUUGCUACUGCUCAAGGACAAAAUGAAGGAUCUGACAAUACAGUUUAUGAUCAACUUUACUCCUGCUGCUGACACCAUUAUCUGUCUAUUCGGCUUCAUGAUGACAUACGUGACGAUCAAGACACUGCGCGAUCAGAAGGCUGUCCAGACAAGAGGGUUCUUUCUACGAUACCUGAUGCAUCGCAUCGCCAGGUUGGCGCCCCUGAUGGUGCUCGCCACGCUGCUCGUGGUUCCCCUGUUCCCGCAGUCGGGACAGGGACCCACCUGGGAACUCGAGGUGAACAAGUUCCUGUCGGGCUGCUCCCGCAACUGGUGGUGGAACGUCCUGCACAUCAACAACUUCCUCGGCAGGAAGGAACAGUGCAUGGAACACACGUGGCUCUUUGCUCUCACCAUGCAGUGUACCAUCGUUGCCGUCAUUGUGAUACCGGUGCUCUAUCAUCGGCCGGCGGCGGGACGUCUGCUCGUGCUCAUGGCUAUCCUGGCGUCCAUGGCGCUCACGUUCGCCCUGACGCUUCUCUUCGACCUCGGCCCCACCUGGAUGCUCCGCGAGUACAGGCCCGGUACUCGAAAUGAGUACACAGAGAUGGUGUACAUUCGGCCUUACACAAGAUCUGGAGUCUUCUGGGUUGGCGUGUUGGCCGGAGAAGUCCUGUCCAGUCGAAGGAAACUUUGCAUUCAUAAGGCGGUCUCGGUGCUGGGCUGGCUGUGUUCUUUGGCCCUCGUGCUUUACAUCAUCCACGCACCGUUCAAGUGGAACAGGGGCCUCGAGCUCCCGAGCACGGACGUGUCCGCGGUCUACGGUGCCUUCUCCAGAAUCCUCUGGGCCACCGCUCUGUCCUGGAUGACUGUCGCCUGCGCGUCCGGACAUGGCGGUUGGCUGAACAACUUGCUGUCUUUCAAGUGCUGGCUACCGCUGAGCAGACUCCUCUACUCGCUGUACAUGGUCAGCCCGCUGGUCAUUGUCUACUCUAACGGCGUCAGGGAGCAUUCUUAUUACCUGUCCUACGACGCCAUGUCAUACGUGCUGUUGCACCACUUCGUCCUGAGCCUGCUGGCUGCCACGGCAUUCUCCCUGUCUCUCGAGCUUCCCCUGAUCAAGAUGGCCGCCCUGGUCUCCCGGCACUGGGAGUCGAAGCGAGAUCCGAAGCUCGACGAACCCGCCAUCGCCGUGCCUAGGAUCGGCAGGCACUGGCUCGACAAGGACUUCGAGAACCCCGCUUUCGUCAAGGAAAAUAAGCCCUGA